AUGAACCGUGGGGGCCAACCCCAUUCACCGGAACAGCCAAGCCACACCUCAGCCGCAGUGGACAGCAUGAAGAACGAAGAGCCGACCAUACCUAGUCAUCACCAGCAGCGGAACAUGCUGGCCGAGGCGAUAGCGUCGCUGCCACCCGUGCCCCAGAACUUGUCGGCCAUCGCCCUUUUCCAUCAGCUGCCCAUACUGUACCAGCAACACUACCAGCACAUGUUGCAAUCUCGCAUCCUGCCCUACCUACAAGAAUCACUGAGGUUGCAGAGCUCCGUCAACUUUGCGGAUAAACCUCAGAUGCCGACGGUGCCGGCUAUCAGCUUGUUCGACCAACCCGCCGAACAGAACGCGGCGGCCGCGGCGGCGGUGGCCGCUGCGGACAUUUCGGCCGCCGGUUGCAACGAGAAACCGCCUUACUCGUACAUAGCGCUCAUCGCCAUGGCCAUCACGUCCACACCCAACCAGCGGAUGACGCUUAGCGAGAUAUACAACUAUAUUACGGACAAGUUCCCGUAUUACCGGCGCAACAGACAGGGCUGGCAGAACUCCAUCAGACACAACCUGAGCCUGAACGACUGUUUCAUCAAGAUCCCGAGGGGCCGGACCGGCAUGGACGACAACAUGGGCGGCGGCAAGGGCAGCUACUGGACGCUGGACCCGGUGGCCGCGGCCGACAUGUUCGAGCGAGGCAACUACAGGCGGAGGCGGAUGCGCCGGCACAGGCCAUACCAGCAGCAAAGCCACCACCAGACGAACCAACAGGACAUCAAGUCGUUGCUGCAGCAACAGCAACAGCCGCUGGCCAGUCCUCACCACCACCACCACCACCACUUCUCGGUGUACCCCGAGUUCCAGUUGACCGGCAGGAAUGCCGUGGCAACCGCGGCAGAGUCGCUAGCGGACAACCAGCACGCAGCCGCUGCCGUCGCGGACACCGUGUCCUCGCACAACCUGGCGUUCCACAUCGAGAACCUGAUACAGAAGAAACACCGCGGUGCCGAGAUGUCUCAGGAAGAGAUCGUAUCGUCCAGCGGCGUGCACAACAACAACAACGAUCUGCUGCAGUACGCGGCCGGCGACGACCACCAACACCACCACCGCCACCGCCAACAGCUACCACUGACGCAGCACGCGGUCGAGUCCAAGCCCAAAUUGAUUAUCAUCAACGACGAGGACGACAGCAACAUCAGUGGUGGUAGUGGCGGCAGACGAUGCUAA